AUGACGAAAGCUAAACUGCAACGUAUUAUCGAUAAAAUACAAAAAGGGCUUGUUUACAGAAUUGAUGAACUCUUGAAGGCUGAAGAAAACACCGUCUUACCGCCGUAUCAUCCAGAUCUUAACCCCAUAGAGCUGGUCUGGGCUGACAUUAAAAACAACGUAGCCCAGAACCACAUCAGCUCUUCACUAGAUGAAAAGAAAAAUAUUUUGGAUCAAUUGUUUUCGGAGUUCACGGCGGAAAACGGCGGAAACGUGACGACCAUGUCCAAAAAAUGA